UGACUCGGCGGCGGCGGCUCCCGGCGCGCCGGUGGACGCUGGAAGCCAAGAUGGCGGCGGAGCUGGUGGAGGCGAAAAACAUGGUGAUGAGUUUCAGAGUCUCAGAUCUUCAGAUGUUACUGGGCUUUGUUGGCCGGAGUAAGAGUGGACUUAAACACGAGCUGGUCACUAGAGCGUUGCAGCUGGUCCAGUUUGAUUGUAGCCCUGAAGUUUUCAAGAAAAUUAAAGAGCUCUAUGAGACUCGCUAUGCCAAGAAGAGCUCUGAACCGGGGCAACCACAGCAGCACCGACCUCCAGAGGCACUCUCCAUACAUUCUUCCUAUGACCGUGGGAGCACUGGUGCUAGGACUUCUCUUUCCACACCUAACAUUGACUAUCCUGCACUCUAUGGGAAAUACCUUAAUGGACUGGGGAGGUUACCACCCAAAGUUGUAAAGCCUGAAGUUCGGCUGGUGAAACUUCCCUUCUAUACCACCUUGGAUGAACUGCUGAAGCCAACAGAGCUAGUCCCACAGAAUAACGAGAAACUUCAGGAGAGUCCAUGCAUUUUUGCACUGACGCCAAGACAAGUGGAGCUGAUCAGAAAUUCCAGGGAGUUGCAAGCUGGUGUGAAAUCUGUUCAGGUUGUGCUAAGAAUCUGCUACACGGACACUAGUUCCCCACAGGAGGAUCAGUACCCUCCAAACAUCGCAGUAAAAGUGAAUCAUAGUUACUGCUCAGUGCCGGGCUACUAUCCAUCUAACAAGCCUGGAGUGGAACCUAAAAGGCCCUGUCGUCCCAUUAACCUCACGCAUCUCAUGUACCUGUCUGCAGCGACCAAUCGAAUCACGGUUACGUGGGGGAAUUAUGGAAAGAGUUAUUCAGUGGGCCUAUACUUAGUGCGGCAAAUGACCUCCGCAGAAUUGCUGCAGAGGUUGAAAACCAUUGGAAUCAAACAUCCAGAGCUCUGCAAGGCACUCGUAAAAGAGAAAUUGCGUUUGGAUCCAGACAGUGAAAUUGCUACUACAGGUGUUCGAGUCUCUCUCAUCUGCCCGCUGGUGAAGAUGCGUCUGUCUGUCCCAUGCCGGGCUGAGACCUGUGCACACCUACAGUGCUUCGAUGCAGUCUUCUACCUCCAGAUGAAUGAGAAGAAGCCCACUUGGAUGUGUCCUGUGUGUGACAAACCAGCACCCUAUGACCAGCUAAUAAUUGAUGGGCUGCUAUCAAAAAUAUUGACGGAAUGCGAGGAUGCAGAUGAAAUAGAAUACCUGGUGGAUGGAUCCUGGUGUCCAAUCAAAGCUGAGAAAGAGAGAAGCUGCAGCCCUCAGUGUCCAAUAUUGGUACUAGGUUCUUCCGAUGUGAAUGGGCUGUUGCCCACUCCCAAUGGUAAUGGAGAGAACGGCAAGGUCACCGCCGACGUUGUGGAUUUAACACUGGACAGUUCAUCAUCCGAGGAAGAGGAGGAGGAAGACGACGAAGACGACGACGAUGAUGAUGGACCCCAACCGAAACGACGCUGCUCUUACGAGAAAGGUUUAGUUUCUGCCUGCUGACUGCGGAAGUAGCUCUGAAUCUCAGAAUGGACAGACUUGAAUACUCUGGUGCUUACUAAACUGGAGAGGAGGGGAAUUUCUCCUUCGCCUCACUUCCCUUCCUCCCUGGUCUCCUUUUGACGU